CCAUUGGAUGGCCGCUCAAGGCAGCUCAUGGCAGCCCACUGCAGUAGGGGCUGCAGCCUACACCAACGCCGCCACUCAUGGCAGUCCUGCUCCAGACAUUAGUUUCUUACCAUGGGAGGCUGGAACUUAUUGGGUGGCAUCCUAGAGGAAGUUCACUCCUACUCAACCAUAGAGGGGAAAAUCUGGCUGACCAUCCUCUUCAUUUUCCGAAUGCUGGUACUUGGUGUGGCUGCUGAAGAUGUCUGGGAUGAUGAACAGUCAGCAUUUGCCUGCAACACCAAGCAGCCAGGUUGCAACAAUAUCUGUUAUGAUGAUGCUUUUUCUUUCUCUUUGGCCAGGUUCUGGGUUUUACAGAUCAUCUUCAUGUCUUUUCCCUCUCUGAUGUAUAUGGGCCAUGCCCUUUAUAGACUCAGGGCCUUUGAAAAGGAGAGGCAGAGGCAAAAGUCACACCUUAGAGCCCACAUGGAAAAUCCAGGGCUUGAACUGGAGGAGCAACAAGAUAGAGAACUGAGAAGGUUAGAGGAGCAGAAUAGUAUUCAUAAAGUCCCUCUGAAAGGUUGUCUGCUGCGUACUUAUGUCUUACACAUCUUGAUCAGAUCUGUGCUGGAAGUAGGGUUUAUGAUAGGCCAAUAUAUUCUCUAUGGUUUUCAAAUGCAUCCUCUCUACAAGUGCACUCAACCUCCAUGCCCCAAUGCAUUGGAUUGCUUUGUAUCCAGGCCCACAGAGAAAACCAUUUUCAUGCUCUUUAUGCACACCAUUGGCAUCUCUUUGUUCCUCAAUGUACUAGAAAUAUUUCAUCUGGGAAUCAGAAAAAUCAUGAGGGCAUUUUAUGAGAAGUCCAGCAGGGAGGACAUUGAGGAUGAAAAGGACCCUCCAUUCCAUUUGAAAAAAUAUUCAGUGCUCCAGCAGUGUAUGAUUUGCACCCCUUUGUCUGAAAGAAUCUCUUUGACUCAAGCCAACAAUCAACAGCAAGUCAUCCGAGUCAAUGUGCCAAAAUCUAAAACCUUGUGGCAUAUCUCGCAGCCCAGGCAACUUGAGGUAGACCCUUGCUGCUGUAGAAAAGACUGGGCUGAGAGGGAUCAGCACAGUGGACAGCUCCAUGUCCACAGCCCAUAUCCCUAGGAUGACUGUGCUAGAUUUCAGCACCUGGGACAGCGACCGGACCAUUCCUCCUUUGGCCUACAAAAUACAAUGUCCCAGUCUUGGCGAGGUGCAACAAUGGCUCCUAGGCGCAGUCCAUCUCAUGCAAUAGGAGCCUGGGAGAAGUCCCAGGACCUGCCAUCCUCAGAGGAGCCUCUUACAGACUUGCACAGUCACUGCAGAAACAGCGAUGGCAGCGUGAGAGAGAGUGGAAUCUGGACAGACAGAUCUCGCAUGGGUAGUCGCAAGGCCAGCCUUCUGUCUAGAUGGCUGUCUGAGAAGGGACAGCAGCACAGUGACUCAGGAAGCUCCAGUUUUCGGCAUAGUUCUGGCUUGGACUUUCCGCACCUGGAAAACAGCCCCUCACUCCUGCCUUCAGCCAUUGGGCACAGAACAUCAAUGGUAACUAAAGACAAACAGACUAUCAUGGAAUCAUCACAAGAGAUGUUCCACUCUGCCUUCUUAGCCUUCCCUUUCAUCCUUCCCGGUAUGUAUCUGUCUGUGUUGAGAGGAAGAGAAGAAAAGGGAGGUCAAUUUAUAGAGUUAAUUCAUUUAAUGCAUUCAGUUAAAUUCAACUCACAACAUAAACUUAUUGAAAGCUUAUUUUAUAUCAAUCUGUCUUGUAAGUGCUGGUCAUAUAAAUGGAUAAAAUGCCAUCUCUGCCAUCAAAAGGCCAGAAUCUAGAUGGAAAAGUUAGACAGGUAAACAUGUAAAUGUGAUUGAGUGUAAGGUGCCAUGUUAGAAGGCCGAAGGAGGACGGAAUGCUCACUUGUUUAUGGAUGGGUCAAGAAAACCUUCAUAGUUUAAAAAAUUUUUUUCAAUUACAGUUGACAUUUAAUAGUAUAGCAAGUGUACAGAAAUAGUAGACGUUUAUAUAACUUAAGAAGUGAUCCCCCUGAUAAGUCUAGUACCCAUCUGACAUCAUACAUAUUUAUUAUAA